AUGGCCAUCGCCAUGAACCGCAUCGGUGGCAAGAGCAACACCGGUGAGGGUGGCGAGGACCCGAUGCGCUUCACACACCUCGAGAAGGGAGAGUUCGAGGCCGGCGGAGCCAAGUGGGACAUCGUCAACGGAGACUCCUUCCGCUCGAAGAUCAAGCAGGUGGCCUCCGGCCGCUUCGGUGUCACCGCGGAGUAUCUGGCCAACGCCGAGGAGCUGCAGAUCAAGCUGGCGCAGGGCGCCAAACCGGGAGAAGGAGGUGAGCUGCCAGGCUACAAGGUCAUCGGCAAGAUUUCUGAAACUCGCAAAGCCACGCCCGGCGUGGGCUUGAUCUCGCCGCCUCCUCACCACGACAUGUACUCGAUCGAGGACGUGGCGCAGCUGAUCAAGGAUCUGAAGAACGCCAACCCAGCAGCACGCAUCUCUGUGAAGCUUGUGGCCCGACUUGGCAUUGGCGUCAUCGCCUCCGGCGUCGUGAAGGGCAAGGCGGACCACCUCACCAUCUCGGGCAUGUCCGGUGGUACCGGCGCCGCGAAGUGGGGUUCCAUCAAGCACUGCGGCCUUCCUUGGGAAAUCGGCCUGGCGGAGACGCACCAGACCUUGGUCCUCAACGGCCUUCGUAACCGAGUGACCUUGCAAACAGACGGCCAGGUGCGAACCGGCCGGGAUGUGGUGAUCGCGGCCAUGUUGGGAGCCGAGGAGAUUGCCAUGACGACUGCUCCGCUCAUCACUCUCGGAUGCAUCAUGAUGAGGAAGUGCCACUUGAACACCUGCCCGGUGGGCGUGGCGACGCAGGAUCCGGAGCUGCGCAAGAAGUUCACAGGACAGCCGGAGCACCUCAUCAACUACCUCUUCAUGGUCGCUGAGGAGGCGCGCGAGAUCAUGGCUUCUCUCGGAAUCAAGAAGUUCAACGAUAUCAUCGGACGCACCGAUCUCCUGCGGCCCAAGCAAUACCUGAAGGACGGCUUUCUCAAGGACAACCCGAAGACCGCCGACUUGGACUUCGCGGACCUCCUGAAGCCGGCCUGGACCAUGGAGAACUCCAUGAGCAGCCCGGUGUCAAAA